AUGGAGCCUUCCUUUCCUUCAAAAUCCCUUCUGCUUGUUGUUCUUGUCUUUUGCUUUCUUGGUCCCACCAAAUUAUAUGCAAGUGACCCUCAUCUAACACUGGAUUAUUAUGCAUCAACUUGCCCCACUGUGUUUGAUAUUGUUAGGAAGGAAAUGGAAUGUGCAGUACUUUCUGAUCCCCGCAAUGCAGCCAUGAUAGUUCGGCUACAUUUCCAUGAUUGCUUUGUUCAGGGAUGCGAUGGAUCAAUUUUGCUUGAUGAUACAGUCACACUUAAAGGUGAGAAAAAGGCAGCUAACAACAUCAACUCUUUGAAAGGCUUGGGCGUUGUUGAUAACAUAAAAAACAUGGUUGAAUCAGAGUGCCCUGGAAUUGUUUCUUGCGCUGAUAUUCUCACAAUUGCAGCCAGAGAUGCUGUGAUUCUGGUAGGGGGACCAUACUGGGAUGUUCCUGUGGGAAGGAAGGAUUCUGUCACUGCAAAUUUUGAUCUUGCCAACACCAAUCUUCCCGCUCCAGAUGAGAGCCUUCUCUCUAUCAUUGCGAAGUUUCUUUACCAAGGACUAUCUGUCACGGAUAUGGUAGCCCUUGCGGGAGCCCACACCAUUGGCAUGGCACAGUGUAAGAAUUUCCGGUCAAGAAUUUAUGGAGACUUUGAAUCAACAUCACUGAAGAAUCCAAUCUCUGAGAGUCACCUCAGCAACCUGAGAUCUGUUUGUCCACCUGUUGGGGGAGGAGACAACAACAUAACAGCAAUGGACUAUAUGACACCUAAUCUCUUUGACAAUUCUUUCUAUCAGUUACUACUAAAUGGGGAGGGACUUCUCAACUCAGACCAAGAAAUGUACUCAAGUUUGUUCGGUAUUGAAACCAGAGAGCUUGUGAAGAAGUAUGCAGCAGAUCCUCUGGCUUUCUUCCAACAGUUCUCAGAGUCAAUGGUGAAAAUGGGAAAUAUCACAAACUCAGAAAGCUUCAUCACUGGGGAAGUUAGGAAGAACUGCAGAUUUGUGAACACAUAA